AUGGCAGUGAAGACGACUAGCCGGCUGCACCGCGAGGCGCCGAGGGACAUUGGGCCAGUGAGGGACUUUGAGGAAAAGCGUGCGAUCAUGGGAUCCGGGGUAUUGUGCGCGCGCAUGCAGCGGGGGUCAAGACUCAAAUGCAGUCUGCGGUAUGCCGUCUACUCUGUACAGCGCGUGCCCUUUUCCCCCAGGUCCGUCUCCGCUGCUCCGCCGGACGGUCGGGCAUCGUGCUCACCGGUCUACAAUGAGAAUUGA